AUGACUACACCAAUUAGAAUUGAUUCAGAUGCAAUUAAACAACUCCAUGGAACUGUUUAUGUUCAACAAGAAGAAAAGACACAAGAGUUUGUAGAUGCUAUGGAAAAAGGAGAUGGUAAGUCUAUUAUUUGGGAGAUUCUUAAACAAUUACGUCCAGGUAUGUCUUUAGAAAGAAUUACAAUGCCAACACAUGUAAUGGAACCACGUUCUUUAUUGGAAAAAUUAACUGAUUAUUUUACUCAUCUUGACUUAGUUAAUGCUGCUGCAAACGCUCCUACUGCAGAAGAGAGAAUGGUUAAAUUAGUUCAAUUCUUUUUAUCAGGAUUUUAUAUUACACCAAAAGCUUGUAAGAAACCAUAUAACCCAUUAUUAGGUGAGUUUUAUAGAACAUCUUGGUCACAUGCAGAUGGAAGUAAAACAUUCUUUAUUGCAGAACAAACAUCACAUCAUCCACCUGUUUCAUCUAUUUAUGCAUGUAAUAGACAAGCUGGAUGGGUAGGAACUGGAAGUCUUGAUUUUGUUACCACCUUUAAUGGAUUAUCAGCAUCUGCUGGUAUUCAAGGAUUAAUUAAAGCAAAAUUUACUAAAUUUGAUGAAGAUUAUGAAUGGAAUUUCCCUAUGGCAUUAGUCACUGGUAUUUAUAUUCCACCAUUAACUAUGGAAAUUGGUGGAGUAUUAAACUUUGUUUGUAAACAAUCUGGAUAUAAAGCUAAAGUAGAAUUUAAAACAAUGUCAAUGUUUAGUAGUUCAAAUUAUAGGCAAAUUAAUGGAAUAAUUAGUGAUCCAGAAGGAAAACCAAUUUAUGAAAUUAAUGGUAGAUAUGAUGAAGAAUUAUUCAUUACUGACAAAAGAACAAAAGAGAAAAAGUCUUUCUUUAAAGUAGAAGAAUUAAAGAAAACAAAAGAACAAAGAUUAGUAAGAGAAUUUGACAAAUUACAUCCAUUUGAAUCAGAAAAAUUGUUUAAAAGAGUAUCUGAUGCUAUUAUUAAAAAUGAUCAAAAUCUUGCUAUGGAAGAAAAGUUUGUUCUUGAAGAGGCUCAAAGAACACAAAGAAAAUUAAAUGAUGAAAAGAAAGUUGAACAAGAAAGAAGAUUGUUUGAUAAACAAGGAUCUGAUCAUGAUUGGAAAUACAAAUGGGAAAAUUGGAAUAAGUAUGACCCAGAAACUGAAGGAGAAGAACUUGAGAUUGGAGGUAAAAUUGUUACUUUAAAGAAAAAUGAGGUAUUAAAUGAAGAAAGAAUUAAAGAAAUUUUAAGUGAUAUUCCUUAUCCUGAUUGGAAAGAAGGGGAAGAACCACCUCAUAUGUUGGAAAGUUUUAAAUUCUUAUUAGAUAGAUAUAAAAAAGUAGAAGAUAAUAAGGAUAAAGAAGAAGAAAACAAAGAAGAUAAUAAAGAAACAGAAGAGAAAAAAGAGGAGGCACCAAUUAAUGAAAAUGAUUCUCUUUGUCCUAAAGCUGUAGUUGCAAAAGCUUAA